CCUUCAAAUACUUUUUGCAACACGCGCGGUUUUGAAAAUUGGGGAAUGUCACGUGACGCGUCUAGACCAAUUGCGCGCGAGUGAAAAUAUCGGAUGGAUUAUAAACACUGUUAUGUUCAAGAGCAACUGGCUUCUGUAUUUUUUGCGUGUUUACGAGCCGAGACGAAAACAAAAAAAAAAGAAGAGGUCACUAUCCAGCCUUCUUGACCCUACAAGCUUGCCGCAAUAAAUUGCCUCACGGGAAACAGCGGCAAAUCACAAGAGGGCAAGCCUGCUCGGGUAGCUAAUCGCAGCAUAUUCGAUUAAUUAAGUUGAUCUUACCCGCUCCCGGAACAUUGAGGGGUUUUUAAAAGGCGUACAGUUAAUAUAUGGAAAAAUACUGUGUGCUGUGCUGUGUGGCUGCGAUAUAAUCGAAGGAAUUGAUUGACUGAAAAAUGGACAAAUAGAUUUGGGCUACACGUCUUUUCCUGGAUUUGUCAACUUAUGCAGCUGAAACGCAAACGAACAGAAUCUCACGAUCUCUUUUCGCGUCCUACGACCUCACGAGGUGCCCGCUAUGUUCUUGUUUACACCAAUGUGGUAUUUUAUCAGGAAAAUUGCCUGACAAAAGAUCCGCUACUUAAGAAAUACUUCAUUGCGUCUGCGUGUGUUCAUAAUACUUAUACGCAAGUGAAAAUCAGCCUUUGGCAGCCACGUCAGUCUCAAGUCAGUUGCCACUGACAUUCCAGGUUAAGUCUCUUUCCCUCUCUCGUACAAGUUUUUUUCAUUUUCUCUCCUCGACUGACAAAAGCAGAUAAAAGAUAAUUUGCAUUGCCAUCGAAUUCAAGCAUCUUCAAUGCAAAGAUUGCCUUCAAACUGCUCCGAACAUUCAAUUUAUCUGUUAAUCGUCUACAUCGUGUGAAAGCGAACUUAACACUUUGCUGCGCACGCAUAUGCCACUCAGGAACCUCAAAAUGGCAGAAAAGUUAUUGAUCGAAACAGAGAAAUCUUCUGCUAACUGAAUAUCUCUGCUUGGGCCAGUAGCAGUCGCUUAUCUCAACCGGAAGUUAACGCUUUGAACUUUUGACGCCUAAGUUGGAAAUAGUAAUUCUCCCUACUGAUUUCCGUCUUCUGUUUUUCUGUUGUUUGGAAGAAUUUGCUUGUACCUCGAGGUAAUUUUCAUAAUCUUUUCAUUUGUCUGGCAAGCAGUACAUUGAUGUACAAACAGCAAUAGAAUCUCGAUCCGGCACAAGGAAAUCCUUUUAUUAAGACUAAAGUCAGCUACACCGUGUUGCACAAAUUUUAAAAUUGUAAAUUACCUUCAAGGAUUUCGUCAGCACGGAAUUUCGAUGAGACCUUUGAACCUUCCUGUUUUGCACUUGGGGGGUACUUUACUACUGCGCGCGAUGGCGCGCGAUUGAUGUAUGCUACGUAAAAUCAUGAGAUCGUAAAAUAAACCACAUUUCACAACUCUGACCCCGUUCUAAAUUGAAAACAACCGAAAAACCGAAGUCGUCUCUUCGUCUGAAUACUUUCACAAGUCUCUUACUAGGCGAGAAAAUUACUGCCUAUAAUUAAAUAUUCAGCUCACACCAUUCGGUUUAAACUAAUUAACACCAGACAAACGGGGCCCAUCUUUGCUUCCCGUCGAACGAUCUGUUUUCGACCGUUCCGAUCUACAAACGAAUCUCAUCCGCGUUUAUUAGGUCACACAACCCUAAUAAUAAGUAUUUUAGACUAUGCAAGGGAUGUCGUUUUUUCAGGCAGGGAAAUCUAGCAUAUUGCGACAGUUCAUCCGGGCAUCACUUGCCGAUGUUAUUGUCAUUUGGAAUGGAGGAGUGGAGUCCAAAUGUCUAGCGCCCAUUCUUCCUGGACAAUUUAAAUUUCAAAAGCAAAUUCCGCGUUUGAACAAGCCGCCGGUUUAUGUGGGAAAUGCUUUGUUCAAGGAAAUCAUGAUUACCACUCUCAGCUUUGAAAUAAAAACGAUGUACAUCGCAAAUCCGGGUUAAAGACCAGUGUCAAACAUAACCAGCAGGAAAUAGGUAACGAUAUCGGCUUAGCCGGAUAAUGAGUGUUAAUCAAUUACGCCAGUUGCUGUCUUCGAGGAUUUAGAAAUUGAAGAAAACCACGCCGAAAAAAAAAUUGGCCAUUUUUGUGGAAACAGAAAGUGUUAACAAUGUUUUAGGUGUCCGUAACUUAAGAAAAACAAUGCGUUUAAUAAAAAUAAAAUGCAAGAGGCAACCCAGAACAGAACAGAAGGCAAACAUUCUUUCUCAUCAAGCAAAAUCCGCUGUUUUCCUCUGUUUCAGCUGUAGAAAUAGUUUUGGUGUUUCUCGUAAGAGUGCAUUUCUAUUUAUUUAGCUGGUACUAUUUUAGAAUUUAUAAUGUUCACAACGCCAGAUGCUCCUUUCCAUAAGAAAGGCAAAUUAUAACAUUAACAAAAUGUGCGACGAUAUGGCUCUGUUUUUUGACAGGGAAAAUGGUUUGAUCGAUGAGGUAUCAAGCCAAACUAUGCGAAAACAGACGCGAAACACGUACUUGGUUAAGCAAUGCUAAUCUCUUGAGCUAUUUUCUCGUCCUCUUGUGUUCUUUAUAGCCUGUUAUUUCUGUUUACAUGAGCUAUUAUAGUCUUAAGUUUUUAACAAGAGCUUAAGAAAGAUUAACUCGCCAACAGAUAUUUAAGAAUCUAAACGGCAUCAGUCCCUUGAUUUGUCGCCGGUGACCAAAUUUUCAGUCUCAAAUGAUCUUUGUACAUGUUCCGUACAUUAUUGUAUUUGCUAAAUUAAAGUAACAGGUCUUCACCAAAAGAUGAAGGAAAACUUUUCAUAUGACAAAGGAAACAGCCGCACUGCUCAAGUUAGUGGGUACAAAUCGUUCCGACGGGUAAGAAGAUUUAUGUUUCCGCUAUAGGUAGCCGUAAAUUCCUUCACAAAACGACGGCUUGUCUUAAAAUGAUGAAUUACUCGGAAAAACACUCCAAGCGCUUUGUGUAUCCCAUUACAUACCAUAAGUGAAAUCUUGAGGCAGAUGUGAGCAGUCUAAUUGGCUCUCAGCGAAUCACGUGCCCAAAAAUAAUACAUCUUUCUUUCUUUACUUGUUGGUACGUGGGACAAACAAUGCCACUGUGCCUAUCGAGUCUUGUCAACGGUCAGCAUUGAUCUUCAUCCAAAGGUCAAAAAAUUGGUCAACUUUGUAUUGUCUUCUAUCAAAAACAUAUUCAUCUUUCUUAAGGCCCCCAUUUAAGAAGCACAGUAGUGGACAAGUCAUGCAAAAAGCAAAUACUCCGUGUUGCCAAGGCAAAAACGACAGGGCCGAACAGCCUGACGUACCGUCGCCUCCGAACUCGUGCAAAGAAAAUUCCUGCGAUAGCUUGGAGGUCGAAGCGGCUAAUUCACCGAAACAACAUGCCUCUACAGAAAACAACGCUCACGGAAUAUACCCGUGGAUGAAGGAGUUCCGGACAAAAGGAGUACCACAGGAAAAAGACGAUAAACUUAACCGUACAAUUUACAGCACAAGACAGCUUGUGGAACUCGAGAAGGAGUUUCACUACAACAAAUACCUGUGCAGACCGAGGAGAAUCGAAAUUGCUCAAUCGCUUGGACUGACCGAGAAACAGGUCAAAAUUUGGUUUCAAAACAGGAGAAUGAAAUGGAAAAAGGAGAACAAGGUUGUAGAAAAAGCUCUGGAGUUCGAAAUUCAGGAACGAGUGAGGCAACUCAGUUCUCAAAAUCCAAAUGGUUUUGGCAGCUUAUCGGCUAUGGUGAACUUCAACUCGCAUCCAAAUUCGUCGUCCGCAUUCAGUGAAACGAACUCUCUUCAACAAAUGCGAAACUACAACUAUUCUGCUCCCAUACAGACCUGCAAUGGCGGGUUUAUGGACAGACCAAGGACAAUGUGGAGCCAAGGACCAUUGCAACACUUUUAAUGACCAUGAGUUAUCAUUUAUUAAUUCACACGAAGUCCGGCAAUAUUUCGUUGUAGCUGUCAGCUCAGGUACAUUUUUGACAACCGCGGGUGCGAUAUUUCGCCCAGAGACGGUGUGAAUCUCAUUAUUUCUCUUUUAAAAUUGGUGUACAUAAAUUUGUUUGUUACUGUUGGAAGGACUCACCGUAUUGCCGUGAGGAAUAUUUAUUGACUUAAGGUGAAUAAUCUUAGUUUUAUUCGGGUUACUAUGACAAGAAAUAAACACUUUUCACUUCUGUUUAUAUACGGCACUUUUCAAUUACAUAAUUCCACAACAUAUUAUGUGUUUACUUCCCUCCGGAUGUUCACUGAGGUAAAUAAGUUGUUUCAUAUCAAUGGAUUUUUGAGUUCUUGGCAAUUAUUUAAUUCUAAUGUUGAAAAGUAUAUGAAUUUAUCACCACAGUCAGAUAAGGCCCCAACUGAAACGUUCAAUGGGAUGACUUGUUUUUACGAGGUCUGGUUCUUAAUGAGAUUUUCCAUCCAUUCUCAAACUAAACGUUAAUACUUAACGAUAAUUAUAAAACGCAAGAGUGAAAUUAUUCGAUGGCAGGUUUUGUUAUGCUAUCUUAUUGAUAAUCAGAGUUUCCACUUCAGUCUAAUCGGUACAUUUUUUAAUAGACUUCACCCUGAACGCAACGUGAAUUCAGUUUACGUCAGAUUUUGUACAGUUCUGUCACUUAUUUAAACUGAGGGAAAAUAUUUGGAUUUUAAUAUUGUUAUAUGAAUAUAUUUGGAACCAGGACAUUUUAGUUACUAGAUAAUCCCUGACAGAAACAGAAAAUUAACAAUAAAAUUAUGGCUUGUGUUCGAAAUGUCUGUAUGUAUGGUACAGCUCGACAUUAUUUAUAACUGAUUGAAGCUCUAGUGUUAGUUUUGCUGAGCAGGUGUGUUGAGCCGUGUGUUGCAUUGCAUAUUUCUUUUUUGCCGAGAAUUACGCCUGAACGACAAACUGUUGAAAUGCAUUCCCUGGUUGUUUCUGUUCAGAAUUAAUGAGAUAAUGGCUGGCCGAUUGGAAAAAUAUAGCUACUGGAAAGCGUUAAUUGAAUCACAGGAACGGAUUAAACUUAAAACUAAAAGCUUCCAGCAUCAGCUGAUGUUCUAAACGUUCUUUUUUUCCCUGGACGGGCCGUUACAACUAGAAUUUGGCUAAACUACCUUUUCGUUUCGGGAUCAACACGAAAACAAUAUCCUGAAACACACUGAUUGAACGUGCCAGCUGGUCACUGGUAACAUGAAAGGAGCCGAACGUACUAACUUACUUCCGAAAAGUUCUCUCGACAGUGCGCGACCCAAUCUCGUUCCCAGAGUAUUCGCUGGACAAGGGUAACGAAGGCUCUGGGAACAAGAUUGCGCGCGACCUGGGACUUUCAUUCUCAUUCUCGUCCCCAUAGCCCUUUUCGCUCCUCUUAGCCGGCGGGGCCUUGGCACGAGAGGAGCGAAAAGGGCUACGGGGACGAGAAUGUUUGUUACGCGCAGCUAAAAGGAAGGGGACCUGUGCUUUACAAACAUGAAGUGCGAUCUGUAAUGCCACUAGAUAAAAGGAGUGAGCAGUCUCAAACGAAAGAGCUGUGUCACCGGGAAAGUCAAACGCUUGGCUGGUUAUAACCUGAAGUUGAUGAAGGUCAAUUUAGGAUGUUGGCGUUUCGACUGAUUAGCCCUUCCUGUGUUUGUGAUUAACCCCAAGCAGGGCGGAGACUACCAUAUUAAGAGAACAGAGGUGCUCAUCGUAGCUUUUAGAGCUUUUUAGGGGGUAAAAAGAGAUACCUCUUAGGGUGUUCAGUCUCAAAGGGUCCUCAGCGGGAGCUUUUUGCGGUGCCAUUCGGGUGUUGAACCGGCAACAAAUUAUGAAAGGAGAUAAUAUGUUGUUUUAGAAUUGGUACCUCUUUAGCGUAGCCAAUCAGAUGGUAUUCGUGAGAGAGCGCUAGUAGCAGGGUUCGUACCCUUUUUCAGAAACAAAUUUCCAGGACUUUUGCAGGACUUUUCCAGGACUCGGAUUGUUUCUCCAAGAACUCUAAAAUUCACUUUAACCCUUUCACUCCCAAGAUCUCAAUGUCAAUUCUCCUUACAGAUUUCCAGAACUUUCCAGGACCA